AUGCGUACGAGAGUUAAAGUUUACGACGAUUUCGCGCUUCGGAAAAACGAGCGACUAAUCUUUUCCAACAAUGUAGUCGCGGAAAGAAUUGAUAGGAACCUCAACGGCAAAUCUCGGCCACUCAAUAACAUCAUCGAUCAAUCAAAAUACGGUCCAGCCGGUUUACUUCACGCCUUCAUACUAAGCAAGAUCCUGCAUCGACGCUUAAACGUCUGGCAAAACGAUCGGAUAGUUCACAUGUUCGGCAAGCCAAACGGAAAAGUGGAAAUUGACAUAGAAUUUAUAAGGAGCUCGAGAGCGACUGGGCUGUCGCAGCUUGGCCACUGGAUCGUCCAUAACGGCAGUGUUCCACCGACGAAAAGCUCUAAUCAUAACGACUGCUUUUACCAAGCGGUUGGCUCGCAAAUUGGCAUCGAUCCACUGGAUUUAAGAUUACUUCUCGUCCGAGCUAUGCGACACCACGGGAUUACCAAAUUAAUCUCGAGCAGUAUUAAUCCUCUGGCGAUGAUGAGUGCUAUGAGGGGUGGGGCAUGCUACAGGGGAUCGAAUCCCUCCCACGCUAAGAUGGUUCUAGAUGACUCCCAGGUCGGGAGAUGCCAUCCGGAAGGUUAUCAUGGCCAUCCACGUAUGCACGCUUACGACGAAUCCGAUAAUCAUGCAAACGUACAGAGUUACUCGUACUCUAGAUGGCGAUCGGGUUUCUUAUCGAGAAACGAUCAAAACUUGGUCUGCCAUUAUGCACUCAUUACAAAUACUGCGAGAUAUUUAAUGGAUGCACUUAAUAAUGGCUCGAACAAGGAAGUCCGACACAUCGGACACAGCGAAAUUGAUUACGAUCCAUUACCGCAGGCACAAAUUUGGGACAGAGGCAAUAAGGAGCGCGAUCCUGGAAAUUUGAGAUCAGUGUGCAUAGUCGGAAAGCAUUUCUUAGAUCAGCAGAAUAAUUUUAAUAAUAACAUAUUUAUAUUGACUUUCUAUCCGAUGUUGUAAGCGCUUAAAG